GGGUGAGGAUGGAGGGAUCCUGGGCUGGGAGGCAGUGUGGGCCCGGGCCCGGCAACCUGGGCUUGGCUGGGCGGAAGCGGGGACGGCUGUGGGGACGGUGCUUUUUCCUCUGCCCCGCCCCCUGGGACCACCUCCCCUCCCCCCUGCCGUCCGCCGGCUGCGAUCUGGCUGGUGGCCGUUAGUUAGGUUUCCCAAGGCCGUUCCUUCAGGCUUCUCCUCCCGCGUCGAGGAGAGGCGGUUUCCUUGCGGUUACGGCCGGUUCCAUCUCAACGCCCAGCCCUCGUUGUGAGGAACAGGCAGGUUGGGAUUUCGGGGCUUUCCCGCCAGAGCAAGGGCUUCUCUCGGGGGAAGCUGUUUUCACCCGGAAGCUCAGCCUUUCUCUUAUACUUGCUUCACCUCCCGCCUUCCUUGAGACCUGAAUGGUAUUUCUCCGCUACUUCUGCGUCUCACGUAAACAUUUCUCCAACUCUUUUACUCUGUGGUAUCUCCCUGAGAUGUGAUAUCGCUAGUGCCACCAACAGAAAGAAACGUCGGGACCCUCCUGCCCAGGUUAUGAAAAUCCCCUUAACUGCCACUGUUUGCUUACCUGGCUCAUCGCCUCCUGGACUUUGUAUCUUUGCUAAAGUCAGUGAUGUGAAAACACCUGACAUGGAUGAUAUUGCUGAUAGGAUGAGGAUGGAUGCUGGAGAAGUAACUUUAAUGAACCAUAACUCCAUAUUCAAAACCCAUCUCCUGUCACAAACAGGUUUUGCAGAGGACCAGCUUUCACUUUCUGACCAUCAGAUUUUACCUUCUAGGCAAGGAAAUUUGGACCGCUCUUAUACUUGUUCUGCAAGAAGUACCGCUUAUAAUGCAAAUUAUUAUUCAGACAACCCUUCCUCAGACAGUUUUCUUGGCUCAGGAGACCUAAGAACCUUUGGCCAGAGUGCAAAUGGCCAGUGGAGAAAUUCCACUCCGGCAUCAGGUUCAACUUUACAAAAAUCAAGAAACAGCCGAAGUCUUUACCUCGAAACCCGAAAGACCUCAAGUGGAUUAUCAAACACUUUUACGGGAAAGUCAAACCAUCACUGCCAUGUGUCUGCAUAUGAAAAAUCUUUUCCUAUUAAGCCUGUUCCAAGUCCAUCUUGGAGUGGUUCAUGUCGUCGAAAUCUUUUGAGCCCCAAGAAAACUCAGAGGCGACAUGUUAGUACAGCAGAAGAGACAGUUCAAGAGGAAGAACGAGAGAUUUACAGACAGCUGCUGCAGAUGGUGACAGGGAAACAGUUUUCUGUAGCCAAACCCACCACACAUUUUCCUUUACACCUGUCUCGAUGUCUUAGUUCCAGUAAGAAUACUUUGAAAGAUCCCCUGUUUAAAAAUGGAAACUCUUGUGCAGCUCACAUCAUUGGCUCUGAUACUUCAUCAUCUGGAUCUGCCAGCGUUUUAACUGCCCAGGAACAACUGUCCCACAAUGUGUAUUCCUUAUCAUCUUAUACCCCGGAUGUUGUUGCAUUUGGAUCCAAAGAUUCCGAUCCUCUCCAUCAACCCCCACAACAGCACUCACUUCCACAUCAGCCAGAUAACUUACCAGCUUCAAAUACACAAUCUGAAGGAUCAGACUCUGUGAUUUUACUCAAAGUGAAAGAUUCCCAGACUCCAACUCCCAGUCCUACUUUUUUCCAGGCAGAGCUGUGGAUCAAAGAAUUAACUAGUGUUUAUGAUUCUCGAGCACGGGAGAGAUUGCGCCAAAUUGAAGAGCAGAAAGCAUUGGCAUUACAGCUUCAAAACCAGAGACUGCAGGAGCAGGAACAUUCAGUACAUGAUUCAGUAGAACUGCAUCUUCGUGUGCCUCUUGAAAAGGAGAUCCCUGUUACGAUUGUUCAAGAAACAGGAAAAAAAGGUCAUAAAUUAACUGAUAGUGAAGAUGAAUUUCCUGAAAUCACAGAGGAAAUGGAGAAAGAAAUAAAGAAUGUAUUUCGCAAUGGGAACCAGGAUGAAGUUCUGAGUGAAGCAUUCCGCUUGACCAUUACACGCAAAGAUAUUCAAACUCUAAACCAUCUGAACUGGCUCAAUGAUGAGAUCAUCAAUUUCUACAUGAAUAUGCUAAUGGAGCGAAGUAAAGAGAAAGGAAUGCCAAGUGUACAUGCAUUUAAUACCUUUUUUUUCACUAAGUUAAAAACGGCUGGUUAUCAAGCAGUGAAACGUUGGACAAAGAAAGUGGAUGUCUUUUCUGUUGAUAUUCUUUUGGUGCCCAUUCACCUGGGAGUGCACUGGUGUCUUGCUGUUGUGGACUUUAGAAAGAAGAAUAUUACCUAUUACGACUCUAUGGGUGGGAUAAAUAAUGAAGCCUGCAGGAUCCUCUUGCAAUACCUAAAGCAAGAAAGCAUUGACAAGAAAAGGAAAGAGUUUGACACCAAUGGCUGGCAGCUCUUCAGCAAGAAAAGCCAGGAAAUUCCACAGCAGAUGAAUGGAAGUGACUGUGGCAUGUUUGCCUGCAAAUAUGCUGACUGCAUUACCAAAGACAGACCAAUCAACUUCACACAGCAACACAUGCCGUACUUCCGGAAGCGGAUGGUCUGGGAAAUCCUCCACCGAAAGCUCUUGUGAAGACCGUCUCAGUUAGCAGACAUGGACUUGUGGGGGACCAGCUCUUUGUUGUCUACAUCCAGAGACCUUGGAAACAGCUGCUCCCAACCCUCUGUUCUUGUAAAGUCCUUGAUCCUGGACCAGGCCCUGGAGAGAUGCACUCACAAGCACAUCUGCCUUUCCUUUUGUAUCUCAGAUACUAUUUUUGCAAAGAAACUUUGGUGCUGUGAAAGGGGUGAGGGACAUCCCUAAGCUGAAGAGAGAGACUGCUUUUCACUUCUUCAGUUCUGCCAUCUUGUUUUAAAAGGGCUCCAGCUUCACUCAGUCCCUUAUUAGGGGCCUGAGCGAAGCUUGGAUAGACUCUUGGUUUCAUAGAAACUCUUGUUGUUAGGCCUUAUUAAGAGGUAGGAAAGGACGUGGGCAAAAAGGUAGGGAUGAAAACCACCAGCAUAUACACGCACACAUACAUACAGGAUUUACAAGAUGUGUCAUCAGGAAAGUGACAGUAAACUGGACCUUGGGGCACCUGCGUAAGUCCUUCCUCCAGGACUUGUCCUGUUUAUAUGCCCCUUUGUGAAAUCCGUCUGGUUCUUCAUAAGGCUGUUUUAUCAUCGUAGCUUCUUCUUCCCCUCCUGAGGCACAACACAUGAGCCUUGGGUGGACCCCAAAGUCUCAGUCCUUUCCUUAAAAGCAGAGAUUUGCAUGUGCUCACAACACAUGAUACAGGGAAGUCCCACCCAGGGAGUGGUUUAGUGGAGCAACAAGGCACCACUUUUACUGCUGCCUACUUCUGACCAAGAAGAAGGACCUCAGUCUUUAGCAUAAAAUUCCAGCAUUGGAUGAAUGCAGGUCUAGUUUGGUCUGUGGCUAGCUAGGUUAAAUAUGUUUCUAACCACAGAGAAUUUAAUAUAUAUAUAUAUUUCACAGGAAUAUGCUUUUUUUUUUUUUUUUUUUUUUUAAGGCUAAAUGUGUUCACCAUUUUAGCCUGUAGAUUUAUUACCAUUUUCCAAAUUUAGCUCCCGGCACGCACAGAUCCCACCCCCUAUGUGUAGGGUGAUUGUGGACUUCCUAACAGAAUAUUUUGAGGCCUGGAUGAAUUUUGGCUUAGGGGUAGAGGUUACAGAGGGAGGCAAGAUUUUCAACUGGAAAAACGGGUGGAAUUUGGACUGAUCAACUUGAGAUUGAAAAACUGCUAUUCCUUUUGUUCUUUGUAGCAUCUCCCCCAACCCUGAGCGAUCCUCAGGCUAGAUAGUGAAACGAUCCAAUGCCAGUGUCAUUUUGUACGUAAGUUCCAAAACGGAACAUUUUAUACUUUUUUCUGUAUUGUAAUAGGUAGUUUUGUAUGAAAUCUUUUCUUCUCUUCCCUUGUACCUCAUCCUUUCCAACAUUGUGCUUACUCCCUGGGCUUAUUUGAAAAUUUUACUCUGUUUUAUAUCAAGCUUGUUUAGUACAUUUUUCUAUGUGUUACCACAGGUUACAAUUUGAAAAGAAAACUAUUUUUUUUAAAUAUUCCAUUGUUAACUGAAUGUUACUGUUUCCACUCCAGCAACCAGAUGUUCGACCUUUUUCAUACUGCCUGCCUUUUGGGGGAAGACCACCUUUCGUUUGUUUGUUUUCUUUUUCCUUUUUUUUUUUUUUUUUUUCCCUUCUCUCUUUCUUGCUUUUUUUUUUUUUUUUUUUUUUCCCUCUCUCUCUCUUUUUUUUUUUUUUUUUUUGGUGUUUUCUAUAGGAAAUAAAUAGCUUUCUAUAUAUGAGUUGCUGGGACUUUUCACAUUCUCUUUUAGAAAGCUAUGGCAUGCAGGCUCAUUGUGGGACUCCUGAACAUUGAUUCUUGGUACUGAAUGUAUUUAAGUGACAACUGCAAAGGUGGCAGUCUGGCGUCGAUUUGGACCAUGAAUCAAAAGACUUGAGUCUUCCAGAUGCUCUUGCUAUUGUCUGGGGAAUUCAGAACAAGGUAGUUGUCUGUAUUGAUUGUUUGUCCAUUAGAUAACACCUGUCUUACCCUCCUCACAGAAUUUGUACAGACCAAAGCAACAAAUAUUUAUUGCCAUGUAUAGCAGAAAAUGAAACAUGCAACAAAAGCACUUUGAAAAAUAUAUAAGGAAUUGUUAAGCCUCUCUGAACUUGGCCCCGAUUUCUGACCAAUGCAGUUUUCUACAAGGCAAAGUUAGUGAUCCUGAGACCACCCUACAUGAGUGGGCCAAGCUGAGACACAGGUUGUGGUCCAGAGUGGGAACCAAAAAUACUUAUAUAUAGUGGGGCCCCUUCUUUCCAGAGAGCUGCCCCCAGAAGAGCAGGACUAGCAUCUGGAAACUUUCUUCUUCAUUUAAGGGUGGGCCUUGAUGACCAGGUUGAAAUAAAAUGUUCCUACAUUCCAUGGCCAAGGGCAUGUUACCAAUAUCUUAUUUAACUUACUUUUAAGCUAAAGCCUGUUGCUUUCCUCUUCUUCAGUCUUACCCUCUUUCCUGUGCCCAGUGCUCAUAAUUACCUACCUCCCCUAAGAAAGGAACUCUUGAUUCAUAAUAAGCUCUAGAUGCCAACUAUGAAAACUUCAGCAGAAAUCACAGUCCCAGCAGUCCAUCCUGGAACCUAUACAGAGAAAGUCAGACCAUUCCCACCCAUUUGAGAAUACUUGAUUCAAGGCACAGAGGCUACUUUCAUCCCCUUUGUCACCUGGGACCCACCAUUGCUCCCAGGAGACCUGUUUAGGAUUGAAUGCAAGAGUACUUUUCCCUCAUCUGCCCUGGAGACUUUGUGUAAAUUGACUCUUCUAUAUAUGAGGUGCUUCAACCUCUCUGUGGUAUCAACCUCUCUCUUCUUUAGCCCCUGUAACUGUGCUGGCAUCUUCUUCACUGCCCCUAGCAAUAUUAGGCCCAACGUUUUAUUAGUGUUCUGGGGUGAAGCAGGUAACCUGGAAAAGCACUGCCAGCAACCAUAUUCCGUAGUCUAUCGCCACCUGGUUCUGCAUGGCCCAUAAAAGAUUUUAGUGGACAGAGAGGGAGGGUUCACAUCAGAGCGCCAAUGUUUUUAAUGUUUUAACCUCUAGUCUUUCUGUGCCAUCCCUUCAGCUCUCAAAUAUGUCUUGCCCCAGAGUAAGAGAGACGACUGACACUUGGGCUUUGUCUUCUCCCUUGCUGCGCCCAGAUGGGCCAGGGGGACAUAGGAUAUGAUGCUCUCAUCUGGGGAACUCAUAUACCCAAGAGAGUCGGAAAAGGACACAUAAGGCUAUUUAUCAGGCCCUGUUGAUGUACAUGCUGAGCUCCUAGCAAAGUGAUCAUAUUUCCCUGCCUAGGAGCAGUCUAUCCACAGCUUCAGAUUCAUCCUAAAAUUUGGAAAGGGACAAGUUAAGGCUCAGCCCAGCAUCUUUCCUAAUAGCCCAGAGCUUUAUUUCACCUGUGCUGAAUGCUAUUAUCUGUCUUUCAAGAGUCUGUAAUACCUAUUCCUAGCUUUGGCAGCACGGAAGGACAUAACAUAAUGGUAAGUGGGGUCGUGCUGGUCACCACUAAGAAAGGAGUGCUUAGACACAUCUCCCCUGUGAGAGAGAAACAAGAAACUAGGAGAUACUGAGUCAGAAGAUAAACCUUGAGGAAAUGUUAGUGCAGGCUGCUUCUGGCCACACAGGGAGAGGUGGGGAUAAUUCUAAUUGGGAGUGGUUGGACCAGAUGUCCAGGGUCUUGCAAAGUCUAAAAUUCUGAAAUGCUAUUGAGGACCAUAAUGCUGCUUGGAAUACAAACUGAUCAAGGUAGAGAUUCAAAGUCAAGUUGAAGGCCAGUGUUAAGACUGGCUUGAUCUUAGAGUUAGGGCCCCGGUCAGUCUUCCCUAAUGGAGCAGGUCAUAGCUGCUGACUUUUUUCCAUUCUCAAGUGAAGAGUAACCAUCAGCUGCUUAACCUCUGGAGAUGGUCCUUCCAGCCUUCGCAGAACUUCGGGGAAGGAAUAUGUAUGGGAGGGAGGAGCACAAGGAGCCCAGCAUCUUCCACCUGCUGGGCAACCCUCAUCCGAUUUGUUCUUAUUCCUUUCACACAUACACAGCACCCACACCCCCAAAUCCCACCACCUUGAAGCCUUCCCUGAUCUCAUUAUCUUAAAAUCCCUUGUCUGGACAUCUGCAGCCCUUAGAAUCAGAAAAGUAAUACAAUCCACAUCAUAUACAUAUUGUAAUCUGUCCUUACGUCAGGAAUGGGCUGAGAUGCAUGUUGCCACUUAGGGCAGAUGGGUGAUUUGGUGCUUUUGUUUAAGCCAGGAGUGCAAGCUGCUGCUCUCUGGCCUCCUGGGGAGGAGUAGAGAUAACUGACUGAAUAUUGAGGCAACGUACUGGGGGUCAAGGGAAGAAGGUCCACACACAGCAGCCUGCUGUGAGGCUGUGCCUCCUUUAUGGUCCCAAACCUAAUGCCUCCUGCUGCCUUUAACAAACCCCCUUCCUCGGCAGUUCGGCAUGUCCUUCAGGGGUCUCGGUCCCUAGCCCAGGGGGCUGAUUGACAUAUUUUUUCCCCUAACCACAGAUCUUUCUGUUAUAUACCAUUUUCUCCAUCUUUUUUAUUUCCAGUGGUGGUGUACACCCCAAAUUGAUUGUAGGUCCUCUUCUGACUACCCUGUCAUUUAAAUGGGCUGUUUUGCAUGAUGCCUUGUGUCUUGUCUGUUGGCCAAAGGAGGGCAUUUGCCUCAUGUGAUUCUUCUGGGGAGCCCCUUAUGCAAGGUGUUUAAUGAGCCCGUGUUUAAACAUUGGGUUUGGGGGCCCUGAAGAGUGGAGUGGAGAGAUGGCUUGACCAAGGAAAUAAAAGCCACCCAUUCUCUAGGACCUUUAAGUUUAACUAAUUUAGGAGGCCAGGAAGAUACCAAGCUAUGGACCUCAUCAAGAAGGCAGACUCAGGCGUGUGGUCCAUUUGAAGCUGGGUAUGGAUGAUGGAGGGGCAGAGGUGGAGAUAAGUCAAGGAUGAUGCCUUUAUCUGACUUUGUCUAUCUGUGACUCUACCUAGUUUUUAAAGGUUGAUUUAUUUAAAAUAAAUUCUGUGAAUUUUGCUUUCUUGCCUUGACUGGAAA